CUCUCUCUCUCUCUCUCUCUCUCUACUGCCGACGCGACACAUGUCUGCAGAGCACGUCCUCGAGCUCUUCGACUCGUUCUGGUUCCACUCCGCCAUCUUCGGCGACAAACCGGCCUCGCCACCUGCUCCUCCUCCUCCUUCCUCCUCCUCUGCAACGAGGUCCUCUCAUGAAGGCCGCGACGGCGUCGACGAUGACGACCGUCUCCUUCUCGAGACGAAGCUGUCCCGCGCGCCGACCCUCCACGUCAGGUCCAGGAGCGACCAGUUCUCGGGCGGCCUAUUCCUCGGCUCCGACCCCUUCUCUCCGAAUUCGGUCCUCCUAGCGGCCACUCCGAAGCUCCGGACCAUCCUCUCCGGCAAGGAAGUCUCGGACUUCGAGGGCGAGCAGACGACGACGACCAGGAGCGAAGGAGAAACAGAGGAGUCGCCGUCGCGAAACAGGGGCAACAAGAAAUCGGAGAACACGAGGAGGAAGAAGAAGAAGAAGGAGAGGAGCCAGAGCAGCAAGAGCCUGUCGGAGCUCGAGUUCCAGGAGCUGAAGGGCUUCAUGGAUCUGGGGUUCGUGUUCUCAGAUCAGGACAGGGACGACUCGAACCUGGUGUCGAUCCUCCCCGGGUUGCAGAGGCUGGGAUUGAGCGACGCAAUCGAAGCCCAAGAGAAGGACGCCGACGAGAUCGAGGUUCCCAGGCCCUACUUGUCCGAAGCGUGGGACAGCUUGGAUCGACAGAGGAAGAGGUACGAGGAUCCGCUGGUGAACUGGAGAGUGCCGGCGCCGGCUUUAGGGAACGAGAUGGCCAUGAAGGACCAUCUCCGGUCCUGGGCGCACACCGUCGCGUCCACCGUGAGAUAGCAACGGCUGAUCAUCCUCGACCGGUCCCUUAGCUUUAUAUUCCUCUGGAAUUUUUCCUUCCCACUUUUUCGAUUUUGCCCUUUAUUUUGAACUGCACAAUCUUCAUCUUCGCUUCGUUCUCCGAGUUGGAAAAAUCCUCGAAAUCUGUAACUGUAAAUAAAAUGGAAAGAGAAAUAAUAAUUGUCCCUAUUUGAUUUU